AACUCACCUGCACCCCACCAAAACACAACACACUCAACUCCGUUGCAAGCUCAAUCACUCCCCAAAAGUCUUCUCGAAACAUCGUUCUAAUCAGAAAAACGAACAUGUCUUUCUUUGGCGUCCGAGCAUGGCCGACACCCGUGUGGAAACCGAUGAGCCAUUUCAUGAUCGGCGGAGCGAUCACGUUUUACUUGGUCAACAAGAUGCAAAACGCGAUGCUUAAAUCUCCCGAAUAUGCGAAGGAUCCAAGGAAUCCUCAUGCCGCCCGGAAGCACUAGAUAUCGCUCCACCUAGGAACCUCGAAAGCCUCUCCAGACCAUCGAGCCUUCAUUUUCUCUGUAUCGGAGACUUCUUUUCUUGGUUGCUAGAUACACAUUCAAGCGAAGCAAAGUCAUAUAGAUAAACGAGUGUCAAAACCCCCAGUGAGACUCUUAAGUAGCAAACAAAAAUCAAACAGCGCAUCUGAUGAUGUUGGACCCCCUGUGGUCAAAGGGUACAUGCCCUCUUGUGGUACCGCGACGCUCUCUUUACGAUUUCGAGGAUGAGAUUCCGACGCAUUCAUUUUCUCGCUCCUCAUGACCCUCUCGAUUCUUC